GCGGCGUUGCUGGGCGACGCGGGGAGAGGCGCCGGGGAGCUGGGACCCGACCGCCGCGGCGCCUCUCCCGCGGGCCAUGGCGGCGGCGCCCCCGGGCGGGGCGGGGGGCUCGCGCUGGACCUGGCGGCCGGUGGCCCGGGACGCGCUCCUGGCGCGGGCCUUCCACUCGUGCACCGAACUGCGGGGCCGCCUCUACCUGGUGGGGGGCCUGCUGGCCGGGGGCGCGGCCGAGCCCAGCGCCGACACGGUGGUCCUGGACCCGGCAGGGCCGGCCGUGCGGACGGGGGCGCGGGGCGGCCCGCGGCGCAGCCACCACGACGCGGCGGCGCUGGGCGGGCGCUGGCUGUGCGCCGUGGGCGGCUGGGACGGGGCGCGCCGCCUGGCCGCCGUGGCCGCCCUGGACGCCGAGCGCGGCGAGUGGGAGGCGUGGGCCGCGGCGCCCGGCAGCUGCGCCCCCGCGGGCCUCAGCAGCCACACCUGCACCCGCCUCUCGGACCGAGAGCUGCGGGUGGCCGGCCGGGAAGGGGGGACCCGCACUCAGCGUCGCUACGGAAGCAUCUACACGCUGAGGCUGGACCCCGGCGCCCGCACCUACCGCUACAGGGAAGAAAGCUACCGCUCCGCCUCCCGCUCCGGGCACUGCGCCGCCCUGCUCCCCACGCCCGGGCCCCGCCCGGGUCACCAGCUGCUGCUCUUUGGAGGUUGCGACUCAGCCGAACCGGAAGUAGCCGGGCACUGGCGCCACGGGGAGAUCCGGGUACUACUCGGGCCUUGCUUAGGGUGGGAGGCAGUUACAAUGGCGCUCAAACCCCUCCAGACAGUCCCUUCUUUCUCCCAAGGAGGAAGCGCCUGCUGCCCCCCUUUUAACGGAACAGCUAUCAAAGCUCGUGAGCAGCGGGCAGGGGUCCCGGCAUGGGCCUCGGGGCCUCCGGCAUCAUUCAUGCUCUGUGGUCGGGCCCUUUGCUGUGCUGUUUGGUGGAGAGACUCUGACCAGAGCUAGAGACACCAUCUGCAACGACCUCUACAUCUACGAUGCCCGUGAGAACACAUUCAAUGACUGGCAGGGCUCCUUCCCUGUGGUUCCGCUUCCCCUGUGCAGACCGCGCACUGAAACGCGUGGGCCACCGGACCUGCCUUUGGAAUGACCAGCUGUACCUGGUUGGGGGUUUUGGGGAGGACGGCAGGACAGCCAGUCCACAACUGUGCACCCUGGACCUCUUUCUCUAAAAAGCGGUGCCAAGACACGCUGCCA